CACCAACUGAGCGGACUUGGUCUGAUUCACAUGCCGAAGGAUCGAACAACUGGGAACUAUCGUGGCUAUAAGUCUUCUUCUUGAAUCACUUACCAGCCCCAUCUGCAUGCUUCCGAGAAAAUAUUAGAUUUACUCUCAAGGCGCUGAAAAUCCACAAAUCAGCAUACUAGAUCAACAUGUCGGCUUCCACGUCAUUCACCACUACAGUUCACCCCUUCGACUCACCAACAUCGCAUGCAUGUGCCUAUGAGCUGGGCCUCUCCUCAGCCAAGAAUGCAUUUGUUUUCAUUGGUGGGUUAGGAGAUGGUCCUCACACUGUGCCAUACCCUCGCGCCAUUGCCAAAGCUCUAGAGCAGCACUCAGAAUUGAACUUUUCUGUCUUCGAAUUUAGACUUACGAGUUCUUUCAAUGGCUUCGGCUUCGCCAGACUGGCCGAUGAUGUCGCUGAUAUUUCCGCCUUGGUCAAGUAUUUGCGCGGCAUUGGUAAAGACAAAGUGGUGCUAAUGGGCCAUUCGACCGGUACUCAGGACAUCAUGGAAUAUACAUCUCCCGCAUAUAAAAAUACUCCUACUGUUGAUGCCUUCAUUCUGCAGGCACCAGUCGCUGAUCGUGGAGCCCUUGAACUUGAUCUGGGACUCGAAGCUCUCGACAAAAGCGUUAGUAUAGCAAAGGGGCUCAGUGAAAAAGGUAGAGGGCACGAGCGCAUGCCUAAGGAGCUUAUCCCUGACUGGUUUUCCCCUAUAUCCGCCCAGCGCUGGUACGCACUCGCAGCACCUGAUGGUGAGGACAAUUACUUCGCUCCAGACCUUUCCAGAGAAGUUGCGAGUUCCUACUGGUCCAGAAUCGACAAGCCUCUGCUGAUUCUGCAGUCAGGUGCAGACGAGUUCAUGCCGCCUUCGAUAGACGUGAACGGGCUUAUCAAGGAGUGGAAAUCGAUGUGCCGUCCAGGUAUCGUCAGUGAUCUCUCGGGGCUCAUCCCCGAUGCUAAUCACAGAGUCGAACAACCUGAGUCGGAAAAGUGGCUUGUGAAGACUGUGCUAGACUUUCUACAGAGCAUUAAAUAGCGCAUCACUCCGUAAGCUAACACAAUAUUAUCCGCUACUAUUCGAUAUUCAGGUGCUAUACGAUUCCCUGGUGGCUGCUGUGAUCAAAGGAGAUAUCUUGGGGGAAGUGUCGCCGAUUUUGGUUGGGAUCAACGAGGAUGUUCGUUGGGCUUUGUGGGCUCAGUAAUCCAGACAAUAUUGUGACGCGUGCAUCAUAUAUUCCGGUCCGUUUUCUAUUUGUCGUAGUCGCGGUUCACUUCAUCUUAAUCGACGAAUCCA